GUAUAAAGGACGCAUAGUAACUUUUCCAGACAGUUUUCUUACAAAAGAGGUAUGGAUGUACAUGACCUUGAGAUCUGUUAUUGAAUGGCUCACCUGCAGCAGGGCAAAAUGCAGAGAAAAGUAAGGACAAACAGCAGGAACUGAAAGGAAAUUGCAUUGUGGUACAGUGGACCCCUGACCUCAACGUAUAGCCGCUUCUAUUGUCAAUACGAUGAAUCAUCUUGACCUUAACUACAUCUGCCCAGGUUCUCCUGGGAGACUGGCUGAAAAACUGAAAAAGUAUAAAAAGAAGACUCAUCCUUCCACAACAUGGCAGAACAUGGAUGAAGUACAGAGACCAGAGAAGCUGAUCUGUGCACAAUUUCUUGGAAGAGGGUCCCCUUUCUACUUAGUAAGAAAAUUCUGAGGGAAAAGCCGAGCAUUAGACAACACACCAUGAGCCGAGAACUUGGCAAAGGUGCAAGAACCACCCUUACCACCCUUCUCAAGGUGCCCCUGAUGCUUGGCUUUUUGUACCUGUUUGUGUGCUCCCUUGAUGUACUGAGCUCCGCAUUUCAACUGGCAGGAGGUAAAGUAGCGGGGGACAUUUUCAAGGACAACGCUAUCCUCGCCAACCCCGUGGCGGGGCUCGUGGUGGGAAUCCUUGCCACUGUCCUGGUCCAGAGUUCCAGCACCUCCAGCUCGAUUGUCGUCAGCAUGGUUGCCUCCGGGCUGCUGGAUGUAGCUUCUGCCAUCCCCAUCAUCAUGGGUUCUAACAUCGGUACCUCAGUCACCAAUACCAUUGUGGCACUGAUGCAAGCCAGUGACAGAAAUGAUUUUAAGAGGGCCUUUGCGGGGGCCACUGUUCAUGACUGCUUCAACUGGUUGUCAGUGCUGGUUUUGCUGCCGCUUGAGGUGACCACCAGCUAUUUGUACCGAACUACCAAGGCUGCUGUAGAGGCCCUCAAGUUCCGUGUUGGACAGGAUGCUCCAGAGCUCCUGAAAGUAAUCACAGAGCCCUUCACUAGCCUUAUUAUUCAGUUGGAUAAGUCAGUAAUCACAGGCAUCGCCACAGGCAAUGACAGCUUGUACAACCAGAGUCUGAUCCAAGUGUGGUGUGAAACACCAUCCAGGCAGGUUUCUUCCAAUGACAAUAGAGGAGGACUCCCAAAUUGCAGCUCCCUUGUUCCAUGCCACUUGGGAAGUUCUGGCAACCUCAGCAGUGCCAUGAAGCAGAAAUGCAACCACCUCUUUGUGGACUCUUCUCUGCCGGACUUGGCUGUUGGGCUCCUGCUGCUGGCUGGGUCACUGAUCAUGUUGUGCACCUGUCUCAUCAUGUUGGUUAAACUACUCAACUCUGUGCUCAAAGGACAGGUAGCCAGAGCUAUCCAGAAGGUCAUCAACACAGAUCUGCCAUCCCCAUUUGGCUGGGUCACUGGAUACUUUGCCAUGCUUGUCGGUGCUGGAAUGACCUUUGUGGUACAGAGCAGUUCCGUCUUCACAUCGGCAAUCACGCCACUCAUUGGCCUUGGGGUCAUUAGCCUGGAACGUGCCUAUCCACUCACUCUGGGUUCAAACAUGGGAACAACAACUACUGCUAUCCUAGCUGCCUUAGCCAGUCCAGGAGAGAAACUGGCCAGCGCUUUUCAGAUUGCUCUCUGCCAUUUCUUCUUCAACCUCUCUGGGAUCUUGCUGUGGUAUCCUCUGCCCUGCAGCCGCCUCCCCAUCCAAAUGGCCAGAGGGCUCGGAGAACAGACCGCCAAAUACCGCUGGUUCGCAGUCUUCUACCUGAUCAUCUGUUUCCUGUUGUUCCCAUCACUGGUGUUUGGACUCUCUUUGGCUGGAUGGCAUGUCCUGGUGGGCGUGGGAGCCCCCUUCUUGAGCCUUCUGGCUUGUGUGGCCUUUAUCAACUUCAUGCAGUCACGAAACCCUAGCCGACUGCCUCGGUGGCUUCAGAGCUGGGACUUCCUGCCCUUCUGGCUACGCUCCUUGCAACCCAUGGAUGGGCUGAUCACCAGGACCAUGCGGUGCUGCACUGUUUGUUGUUCAUACAGCCGAGAGAAACACAGUGCUACAUCUCCCCAGAUGAAAGCCAAAUUGGGCCUGUGUAAUCCUUCACUCAGCUUCUUGGGGGAAUUAUCUCUCCCACCGAAACCCUCAUCCUGUGUGAAUUCACAGCCAACACAGAGAGCUACCUACCUGUAAACUGGGCAGGAAUACAGUUCCCAUUGCUGCCUACAAAAAGAGGAUGCUCAGCAGAAAGAAUGAUAGAGCUUGACUUCAGAAGGCAAGAUAGUACAUCUGCAUUGUGUAUGAGACGUUCUGUAUGUGGUGAGUCUGAAUGUUUGGUGUUAUUUGUAUCACUGCCACGUGUGCCUCUAUGUGCUGGCCACUUCAUGUUCACCUGCUGUUCUGUGUGAUUUUGCGUGGGAUGCAUAGUUUAGCCUGCAACUGCAAACAAUUCUCACUGUGCAUAUCUGUGUGUAUGGUGUGCAUCAAUGAACAAGUGUAAAAUCAUAUCUCAAAGUAAGCCAUGUUUGUGUGCAGUGUACUGGAUACUUGCCUUGAGCAUGCGAUGAAAUCUGAGCAAUAUCCGAGCUCCCAUGGAGGCAGCAGGAAAGUUAUUCCUGCAAAAGUACUGGUGAUUCUCCAGUGUGGCAUUUUACAAGUUACGUAACCGUUUUGAGACAUUAAACAUAAUUAAAUAGUGUUGCUUGAAGGGUAUUUCCCAUUGCUCUGGUAUGACAAAAGGACAGAGCUGGAAUUCCUAUGGUGCUCUAGAAAUUCCCAUACUGCCUGGUGCUGAUUGGAAGUCUACAGGUUUCUGCCUCUGCAGUAUGGUGUUGAUAGCCUCCUGCCUCAAAGGUUCAGAAUUCUCUAAGGGGCAGAAUAUCAUAGCUGCUGGGAUCAUAAUUCCUCAUCUGUCACUUAGUAGUCUAGGAACUUCUUUGCAGCAAAUAUAUUUACUAAGGUAUUUGUUGUAAUUACUUAAGUAAUUGUUUGCCAUCUCUUUGUUCACACUGGUUUUAUUUUUACAGCAGUGGUUCCCAACCUUUGGGCCUCCAGGUAUUUUGGACUUCAGCUCCCAGAAAUCCCAGCUAGCUUACCAGCUGUCGGGAACUGUGGGAGCUGAAGUCCAAAACACCUGGAGGCCAAAGCUUGGGAACCACUGUUCUACAGGAUAGGUGUGAGGGGUCAUUUUCAAGGUGAAGCUGUCAUUAAAAUAGCAGCAGAAUCUGAGAAAUGGCUACAUGGUGUUUGUUUAUUUCUAUGUGUCUUUUGAUAUGAGAUUUUUCUCAUUCAUAUAAACUGGAUAACAGAUGAUCAUAUACAAAUGAAAAUUCAAAUUCUGAAGUACCUAAUUAUUUCUAAAGUUUAGUAUACAUUAUCUCUUUUUCCACCCCCAUCUGAGCCAAAGUAAAGCAGAGUAUUAGAGUGCUGAUAAACAGCUAGGAGCCAUUCUUACCUAAUUAAAAUGUGUCUUCAUUUUAAAAAAGAGAAAUUUCCUACAUAUUUUUAGAACACAGGUAGCCGUGUUUUAUUAAAGAGAAUUCAAGCAUCUUAGGAGAUGCUCUUUUGGGGAAUGAACGUGAUGCAGUGGCAGGUUCUCCAUGGAAGGCUGUCAUGUAAGAGCAUCAUUAAAAUCUUCCCUUGAGCUCUGAUUGCUAUAUUAUUUUUGGAGAAUGGGUGGAUAUUAGCAAUGUUUAUUAAUUGUUUCUCAAGAUGCUUAUAAUUAAUUAUUUUUGACACAUAUAAUAAAAAUAUUUUCUCGGAA